ACCGCCAUCAUGGCCUGAUCGUCUGCGAAAUCAAGUCGCUCAGAGACAGAUCAUCUGAGGAAGGCGGGUGCGGUGACUUCCUGAGCAUCUUCAAGAAAAGGAUCAAAAAAGCAGUGAAGCAGAUGAGAAAAGCCCGCCUCAUGCUACGGCACCUCGUGUCAGACUUGGCGCCCGACUUGACCAUCAGGGUGUCGCUGGUAUUGCCAAACGUGACACGGCAGGACAUCAUGCAAGCUCUCUGUGGUGACAACGACCUGAAGACGUCCCUAGGUCAAUGCCUCGGGUCGAGGCCAUUACCAGCUGACCUUGCUGACCUGUGCCUCUGCUCUGAUGACCUUUCUCAUUACGCCACACCGUGGGACGUCACCCCUGACGUCUUAGAGAAGAUGAGCAGGUGGUGGCACAAACUAGUGGUCUCCUCGAAAAGAGAUCCUCUGAUGGACUUUGACCUUUAUGAUAAUCUUCUAGCCAGGUUUUGCGGACCCGCCACCACUGUCACCGUUCCAUGCGUCACAAAGCCCCGGAUGUCGCUCAAGACGCUGCCAGAAGCUGUGUCGACAGCAGGAGAAAUAUUCGCGCAGAUCACCCUCCACCACCACCAGGUGGAGCUGCUGCAGGACAUGGCCCGCCACCUUGACAGUCUGCACGCCCUGUACAAGCUUAACGCUGCUGAUGCAAGUGAGGCGAGCUCCUCCCGUCGCCUCUUCGUGUGCGGACCUCCCGGCACGGGCAAGAGCGUGGUGCUGCUGCUGGCGGCGAGGGAGUGGCUACGGCGUGGUCACGACGUCCAAGUGGUCAUCACGUGGAACGAGAGCCGACUGGCCUCCUACCUGCUGGAGCACCUGCUGCUGGCCAGUCUGAGCGCGCUGGCAAAACCUGGGCAGACGCUGGGUGAAGUGCGCUUGCACGAGUUCGACUUCUUGAAAGCCCACAAGAUGUUAGAGGCGGUCCAGUCCCUGGUGAAAGAGGCAAAGUCUGGAAGCUUGUUUGUUGUGUGUGACGAGGCUGGGCCAGACUACGGGCGACCUCGAUUUCCAGACUUCUGUGAGAAGCUGUGGGCCAGAGUUCCAGGCCUUCAUCUCUGGGCGGCCAGCUGCCAGCAUCGACACUGCUCCUCCUACUGGCGCUGCGUUGCCUUGACCCACGCCCUUCGAUCGCCACCCGUGGUGGUGCGGGAGGUGGCGCAGGCGGAGGAGAUAAGCGAUGGGGAUGUUUAUCGUUACAGCGAGAGUAAUCUCCCUUCCCCUACCGACGGACCGCCUGUGAAGUUCAUCUGUCAUGAAGGCCACGCUCACACUGGUGCUGCCCCUCACGACUGUGAAACGUGUGGGCGAGAGGUGGGCGACUUUCUAAACGGCCUAGUCGUUGUUGCGGACUCCGGACCUGGCAGCAGCCCCACAACGACAUCGUCUAGCGAUGAAACCAGCAACGUCACCUCAGCUUCCUCCAAUUCAGAGUCGGAGACGCCCAGCACCGUGGUAACGACAGUAACGACGACGGCAGCCAGGAACACCAGUGUCAAUGCGCGCAGCACAGCUCCGAGACUGCGCUUCAGUGAUGUGCUGGUGCUGUGCGAGUCACGUGACGUUGGCGACCAAUCAGGGCUGCUGGGAGGUCUGCGACAGCGGAAGGUGCCGGUGCGGCCGAUGGGAAGAGAGGACGCCCGUGACUUAGUAAAGGCAGCGCAGGACGUGGUGUGGGUGGCGCACUGGACCAACGUGCUGGGGCUGGAGAGGAAGGUCGUGGUCUACGUCGGGGUCAAGGACCGACAGUCGAACGGCACCAUGUAUGACAGGCUACACUGUCUGUCCCGCUGUACUGCGCAGCUGGUGUGGGUAUACCCUUCGAAAUCCGGAAUUGGCCCUGUCAGUGGACAUACACGAGUAUGGGGGGAGCUUAAAGUGCAAGGCCAGAAGGAGACCGAGUCACCAGCAGACAGCAGAGAGGCUUGCAGUCAACAGCGGCACGCCAGCCAUAUGUUCACAGCCACCCCAGUGUUCUGCCCCACCUGGUACGCCGUACACCCGGUAACCUGCGACGGCGGCGCCUUCAACCACGGCGACUCGGACGUCGUUCUGUAUGUGCCUUCUGACGCAGUGGGGCGUCACGUCACGGCGGCGGUUCACGCCGGGUCGUGCGCCAAACCUGGCGCAGGUGCAGCGCCUGAUGGGCCUCGCCACUGGCAGCGUCUACAUCGCCUAGUCCGCUGGUGGAGUUGUGGGUCGGCGCACACUUCCGGUUCCUGCAGCCAGUGCGGAUCCGACUGCCGCACUACCUUCCACCUGGUCACGACCCGACGAAGGUGUACGUGAUCUGUUUGGAACGCUCGAAAGUAGGACAGCCCACCUUUUCCGCCAUAUGAAGCCCGCCAUGUCGAGAGGUCACAACCUGGCCAGAGGUCACCUUUCGUCCGGACUGACCACCGCUGAACAUGUCAGCCAUAUUUUGAGCCCUGCGGAAAGACUGGUGAGUCAGGAAGAUGAAGAGCAGGGCGUCUCGGAAGAAGAAGCGGAGGACACAGAGAAGACCGAGAUGGUUGAGGUGGGGUCUGAUGGACACAUCUACGUCACCACGGUCCAACUGCGCGGCGGCUACGCGUGCGUGUACCAGGGAGUAGGGGUCACCGGCCCCGCCCUCAUGGUGCUUGCCACUGCCUUCUACCCGCAGACACAGCUUGGCCAUCCCUCUGCCAAAGUCACUGUGUACAUCUGGGACCAGAGACUCGCCAUUAAAGACUUCAAAGCGGAAAUUCUUGGUGGUCGGGAGAGUGCGUCGUCCACCAAACACGGCUCCGGCUGAUGAACAUAUUAACCGGGUCCAGCUUACAUUGCCGACUGGAGAUAGUCGGAAGCAGCAUCGAGAGAUGGCAGCACUGUCGGCGUCGUGACGACACUCUGGGACUUCCUGUUCAUCAGAACCUGAACCUCGAUGAGCUGAUGGUAAAGCCUUGACAUGACUGGCUCCUACUGGUCAAGCGCAACAUCCCCGUUUACAUUCUCUUGGCUCCUGGAGACCCAGUCUCCUCAACCAAAUCCUCCCCUGCAUCCGGGGCCGUGGCCAUUUCAUUGCGUUGUGGAUAUCAGUCACGUGACAAAGAACGCGUCGCCUCAGUGGUUUGACAUGGUGGGCAGUGAGGUCGUGACCAGGCUUGGCAUCACGCUGCCGUGUGGAGACGUUGAAAGGGACACCACUCCUGUGACCCCUGCAAGUUCAGGAACAGUGCGACCCUGUGACCUGCAUCACGUGACCUAGACUACGUAACGACUGUGUCAGCAUAACACGAUGAGGUUCAUCAGCUGACAAAGCUUGGUGUGUGGAUGUGGGUGUAUUAUAUGUACACUUCAGGUACAUCAUCUUGAUUAUCGCCUUCCCCAGAACCUCCUUUUCACUAAUCACCACCAUUUAGCGACUUUCAAUAAGGCUAGCUGCGCGCCACAUGUUUAAGUCUGAGUGACAAGACUAAUUACAUAUUGUAGCGAGUUGUAAGUCAGUCACGAACUAAUAUCCCUCGACUGCUUGCAGACGAUUUUUUUUUUUGUUGUUUGUUGUGAGCGACUCUCAUUCGUGCUACAGGCCGCUCAGACAAAUGUUUUAAUCCAUUGAGAGCCAAGAUUUGUUCAAGGCACUUUGAAGAAGAGUGCAUAAAAAAGAUAAAUAUUUAUUGUUGGCUCACUUAUUUAUCUAUUCAUAUAUACUCUCCUCUUUCCUGUACAUGCUUUUAGUCUGCGACUAUAAGGUUCGACAAUUUUCAUAUAGCCGAAGAUAUGCUCAUAAAAAUUUAGUAAUUAAUAAUCGCGUCAUUCAUUAAAUUACUUGAGAAGUGUAUCGAUUAAAUAUUAUUCUUAUUGUUUAAAAAAACGUCGUUGUAUAUGAACAUACCAAGAACACCAGUGCUUUCAGUUCACAACCCCUCCGGCCCCUUCCCCCUUCGCCGACGCAGAGAUGAUGUCAGCCGUUAUUUAGAUUUUUAGAUCUACACAUGGGCAGUGGACUUCAAACUCUGAUUACCUCCCUGCAGCUGCUUCACAAAUAGUUGAUGUCGAACUUCACAACAAGCUUUUUUCGUGCAAUACAGGCCAGUCUGACAUGACUGACAUAAGGAAGCUCAACUUACAAUGACCGACAAGAGUUGUGUUGAUCGAACGAUAUUUCUAUCUGCCAG